CCGUACUAUUCACCCGUAAACUGGGCAUACGCUACCUCUGGAUCGACUCGCUCUGUAUCAUUCAGGACAACGCUCCAGACUGGCAAGAGCAGUCUUCAAAGAUGGCGGAUAUAUACCGCAACGCUCUGAUAACACUCUCCGCGGCGUGGGCUGCCAACUCGCGCGACGGUCUCUUCUCAUCCGCGAGUCCCGAACAUAUUGACUCUUGCCUCUCUUCCAUCACAGGCCGAGCAGGGGAUGAUGAAAUCCGCAUCCGCACUCCCAUAUGGCACGAUAAAGCAGAACACCAUUUGAUGAGCCGAGCUUGGGCGUUCCAAGAACGCAUCCUGAGUCCGCGGAUCCUACACUUUGGACGACAUGAAUUGAUUUGGGAGUGCGGGAAAGACAUUGCCUGUGAGUGCUCUGCUCUAUCGAAAUGGCUUGAACCCAUGAGGUUUGUGACGUGGCCGACACUCAAGAGUAGUAUAAGGUUCAAUUUCAUAGCCCAAAAGUCAGGCCCGCAGAUAGGGAAGGUGUGGCGUGAUGCUGUGUCAGACUACUCUACGAUGAGCCUAACCUUUCCAUCCGACAUUCUCCCCGCUAUUUCCGGCAUUGCGAAAGAGAUAUCAAAGACCACAAACAGGAGAUACUUGGCUGGACUGUGGAUCGAAAGCCUGCCCGCGGAUCUGUGCUGGGGAGUCUUGGUUACCCUAGACUCCCUAGCACGCCGACCCCCUAAAUGGAGAGCCCCCACAUUCUCAUGGGCAAGCGUCAUCUCGCAGUCAGGCGUAGACUAUGGUUUGCUAGCUCAGUCCGGCCUCACUGCGGACUCAUGGGAUUCCGACAUCACGCUCCUCGCUCGUCAACAUUUCGAGCUCAUCGAAGCAGGGGCAACCCUCGCUGGAGCCGACCCGACGGGGCAAGUAAUUGAUGGGUAUCUCCUAUUGCGCUGUACGCUGGUCGAAGCGAAGGUGCAAGUCAGUCCACUUCCAUACCGCGGGUGGGAAGUUACUCUAUCAGCUACCGACGAUCGACAAGGGAUAUGGUACUUUCCCGACUAUGACUACAAUGUUGAAGGACGUCAUCACGUCGAGAGCGGAGACGCGGUCUACUGUUUCAAGGUCCUGUCCUUGCCGGCCAACGCAGACAUGGAAGAGGCGGGAGAAGCAAUAUAUUUAGUGUUGAGAAGGACCAAAGACGACGAGACAAGCGAGAGAAUGGCCGAUACCGACGAAGUGGCCGUCAAAACGUACGAGAGGAUUGGUUUGCUCCGCGACUGGGAAAAUGGUGAUCUUUUCUCCAAGGCUCAAACGGCGGGUACAACUAUAUUGGAAGAUGUGGUGAUCAAGAUUGUUUGACGAAAUCGUUCUGGAAAUCCAAGGGAUCGAAAAACAGUCUCAUACUACCUUUACGGCCGUCCUUUUCUUGUUAUCCAGGUGCCACCUGUAGAGCUGUGGAAGCGGAAUAACUCCACAUUAAGCGCACUUUGGAAGAGUUUAACACAAUGCUUGAG